CCCUAAAGCCAAGGAGCACAGUGUUAAGACUGCCUGUGUCUGUACUGGCUUAUCUGGACUGAAGCCCUGGUCAACACCCAGCCACGUAGUACAGAAGGAGAGAGGAGAUUCUGAGGGCCAACUUUGAUUGCAGUCCCUUUGCACUGGUCUGUUUUCACUCUAUGAGCAGAUGUCAGUAGAGUAUGGUUGUAUGGUAUCCUUCUAAACCUCCCAGUCGUUCCACACACCACCAUGAGUGAGUCAGUAGAAUCCCCAUCAUCAUCACAACCUGUGGACCAAGAACAGUCAUUCCCCUGCCCUACUGCCACAGCUCCUCGCAAACCAGUCCAGCUCCAGGAGAGACGGGGCUCCAAUGUGUCCCUAGUGCUGGACGUGAGCAGUCUCAGCCUGUGUGCGGUGGAGCCCUUGUGCUCUAUCUCCACCCCCAGAGAGACCAUCCUCCACCUGCUGAGGACCUCAACACGCCCUCUGACCCCCUCUCAGCUGCAGGAGGCAUCUGACGAGACCAGCAGGCUGAACUCAGAGUACCAGAAGAUUCCUCCAAACUUUGUCAACCCUGCAGAGCUGGACAUCCCAGGACGUGCUUUAAAAGACAGAUAUAAGACCAUACUGCCAAAUCCUGAGACCCGUGUGUGUCUGAAGAACCCCGCAGCAGAGGAAGGGGGUGAGACUGAGAGAUACAUCAAUGCAAACUACAUAAAGGGUUACAACGGUGCACCCAGUGCCUACAUCGCCACCCAGGGCCCCAUGCUCAACACAGUGCAUGACUUCUGGGAGAUGGUGUGGCAGGAGGGAUCCACCACCAUUGUCAUGAUCACCAAGCUAAAGGAGAAGAACGAGAAGUGUGAGCUUUACUGGCCAGAGAAGGACGGCAGCUAUGGCAGAUUUGAGGUCAGAGUGUCCAUUGUGAAAGAAUGUGAUAGCUACACCAUUCGAGACAUGAUUAUACAGGUGGGCUCAGAGAACAGGCAGGUGAGACACUACUGGUACUCCACAUGGCCAGACCACCAGACCCCAGACUGCACUGGGCCCCUGCUCAGACUGGUGGUGGACGUGAAUGAACACAGGCAGUCCAUCCCCAGCCCAGGACCCACCAUCGUCCACUGCAGUGCAGGGAUUGGGAGAACAGGUUGUUUCAUCGCCAGCAGCAUUGGAUGCCUGCAGCUACAACACAGUAGUAGGGCUGAUGUGCUUGGAAUCGUCUGUAAGCUACGCCUCGACAGGGGUGGCAUGAUCCAGACCAGUGAGCAGUAUCAGUUCCUGUACCUCACCCUUGCUCAGUACAGUCGGCAGCUGGCGAACACAGACAGUGGCUCAGCGAGCCCUGUCCCUGUCCAGACCAGCAGUACUACAGGGGACAUGCGGUGACCGAGAAAGCCCAGCUAAAACUUGAUCUUUCCGCAUGGGGGAACAAGCUCCUGGAACUCUGCUCACACACUGUGGCCAUCUCAUCCUCUUGACCGUGACAUUGAUUGUGGCAUUUUUAUGGGCAUGUGAUGUGGUACUCACCAUACCAUGCGGUUGGAAUUUUAUUAAAAGUCAUUAAUAAUCAUAUUGUCCAUAUUUGCUACCAUGAUAAU